AUGAAUUUCAGAGGACCAUUGGUAAAUUUUUUGAAAAGCAUUUUGAAUAACAUAAACUCUGCAUUUCUGCAUGGAAUCAAGCAAUUGCAACUGCAGUUGCUACGGGAAACCAACAUUUUGAAGGUCAUGAACAGAGGAAUUGAGAAGUUGUUUGGUCAAGAGUCAAAAAAUGGAUUGCUUCCGCGCGUAACUGAAGAAGAGAAGGACGUGGUUUGUAGGAUAAGGCCGCAUGAUGAAUGUUCCAAGUUCGAAGUGAUAGAGCUCAAGGCAAAAGAGAUGCAGAUGUACUACGAAAAGAUGGUUUUUGAGAUGACGCAAGAGUUUAGAGGCGAUAAGAGGGUAUUUUCUUUGAUAAAUCACUUUUCAAAAAGCCACGAUCUGGGAAGAAUAGAUACAGAGAUCGUAAAGGUAGAGCGUGAUCGACGAUAUGGCGAAAGGGAAAUUCAGGUGAUUCCCAUAAGAUUUAAACCUAUCUGUUUGGAGAGAAGAGCACAAAUGACGAGAGGGGGAAAAAAGUAA